AUGAGUAGACUAUUAUUCCUGUUUUGUUUUGCCGUUCUCUCAACCGCAAGUCCUGUCGCCAUUCCUGCUCCACAUGCAAAACGAGCAGCCCAACAAAGCGUCGAAGACGAGGGACGAACAGCGUUUCCUCAGUCUGCACACCACACCGAAGCGUUCAACGUAGUUCACGUUAUUGCUGCUGUGGUUGGCAUCGUGGGUGCAGCAGCAGUAGCGGUCAUUGCCUUUAUCAUGUGCCGUCGUCGACGCCGUCAGCAACAACAGCAGCAGCAGCAGCGAAAUAGCGCUAUUAUCUCGACCGCGAUGGAACAAGCGUCUGUGCCACGACCAAUAUCUUCAUCUUCUGCAAACUCCUCUGCCACGCCAGCAGCCACGCCACAGUCAUCAUCCCAAUACCAACAACACCAGCUACAGCCCGUCAAAUCAAUAAGUACCUUUGAUCAGUUUGCAAGCGCAUACUGUCACGACGAACGACAAGGUGCAGACUCAACGCUUCGCCACAAUAACAACGAUACCCCCUUCAUUCCACUGCCAUCACCGCCACCGCCACCAUAUAGGCCGUAA